AUGAACAUCUAUGAGCGCGCCAUCGACGUCACUACGAACCCAAAUCAUUCAAAAUGGAUUUCGUCAUUGCUUCUGAUUGCAGACAUAUUCCUCUGCGCACUCGUUGUUUGGAAAGUUCCAUACACAGAAAUCGAUUGGACAACAUACAUGCAGCAAGUGUCCCUUUUCCUGUCUGGUGAGCGCGACUAUGCCCUCAUUAAAGGCUCUACGGGACCGCUCGUUUACCCCGCUGGGCACGUUUACGUCUACUCCGCCCUCUACUACAUUUGCGACGGCGGUCGGGAUAUAUUCUUCGCCCAGGUCCUCUUUUCGAUCUUAUACCUGGCAACAUUGGUGAUUGUGAUGUGGAGUUAUCGCUUCGUGAAGGCGCCUCCGUAUCUAUUUCCGCUGCUUGUGUUGUCUAAACGACUUCACAGCGUGUUCCUCCUUCGACUCUUCAAUGAUGGGAUUGCCACAUUUUUUCUGUGGGCUGGCAUCUUUGCCUUACAAAGGAGGCGGUGGUCUGCGGGCGUCAUAUUGUGGUCUAUGGGGGUUGGAGUUAAAAUGACGUUGUUGCUUGUGGCACCGGCUGUUACGGUGAUUGCGGUGCUGGGUGUUGGUAUCCUUAGGGCUGCUGGCCUGGGGGCGACUGCGUUAUGGCUACAGGUGCUCUUUGCUCUUCCUUUCCUCAAAGAAAAUCCCAGGAGCUAUAUUUCAAGAUCAUUCGAAUUCACACGUCAAUUUUUAUUUAGAUGGACGGUAAAUUGGCGAUUCGUGGGAGAAAAAGUCUUCACCUCCAAUACCUUUGCGGUUGCAUUGUUGGCUCUCAUGAAAAAUAUCGUCCGUGGGAGACAGCUGCCAAUUCAAAUCGUCAACUCCUUCAUCAUGACGACCAUGUUGAGCUCCCUUGCAAUAGGCCUGCUCUGUGCUCGCAGUUUGCAUUAUCAAUUUUUUGCGUAUCUUUCAUGGGCGACGCCUUACCUUCUUUGGAAAUCCGGAUUUCACCCAGUGAUUACCUAUUUGCUUUGGGCCGCGCAGGAGUGGGCCUGGAACGUCUAUCCAAGCACAACUGUGAGCUCGAUCACUGUCGUUUCGGGUCUUUCAAUCCAGGUUUUUGGGGUAUUUUGGAAUGGUUACCAAAUGCGUUUCUCAAACAAGGAACAUAAGGAUUAA